ACUCUAACCGAGCACCACCCGGAGCAGGAAAACGGACGGACCGGAAGGAACUGGCAAGCGGACGGGAAGUGCAACGACGUCGGGAGAAAGUCCGGCGAUGGAGUCGGAAUCUGUGAGCGGAGAGUUCGAUGGCGGCAGUGGGAAGCGUGCACGAUCUGAAGAUGAGGAUGACGAGGAGGAAUAUAUUCCAUAUGUUCCUGUUAAACAGAGAAAGCAGAACAUGAUGGAGAAGUUGGCACGGAUGAGGAGGAAAGGUGUCGUGCAUGAUGACCAGGACAGCGGCAGUGACCACAGAGAAGAUGACGGCGAUGGCCCUCUGGGACCACGAUCCAAUAUCAGUCUGCUGGACCAGCACCAGCAGCUGAAGGAAAAAGCAGAAGCACGCAAAGAAUCUGCUAAAGAAAAACGACUGAAAGAAGAGGAAAAAAUUUUGGAAAGUGUCGCUGAAGGCAGAGCCCUGAUGUCUGUGAAGGAAAUGGCAAAGGGUAUCACCUAUGAUGACCCAAUCAAAACCAGCUGGAAACCACCUCGGUAUAUACGUUCCAUGCCUGAAGCUCGCAAUGACCGAGUGCGGAAGAAAUACCAUAUCUUGGUGGAGGGGGAAGGUUUGCCGUGUCCUGUCAAACACUUCAGAGAAAUGAAAUUCCCACCAGCAAUUUUGAAAGGCUUGAAGAAGAAGGGAAUUUUACAUCCAACUCCGAUUCAGAUCCAAGGAAUUCCAACUGUUUUAUCGGGCAGGGAUAUGAUUGGGAUUGCAUUUACUGGGUCUGGUAAGACUCUGGUCUUUACCUUACCCAUGAUCAUGUUCUGCCAGGAGCAGGAGAAAAGGCUGCCAUUCUCCAAGAGAGAAGGUCCAUAUGGACUCAUCAUCUGCCCAUCGAGAGAAUUGGCAAGACAGACCCACGGGAUCAUUGACUAUUACUGCCGCUUGCUGCAAGAGGAAGGCUUCCCCCAGCUUCGCUGUGCUCUCUGCAUAGGUGGCAUGUCCAUCAAGGAGCAGAUGGAGGUUGUCAAACAAGGUGUGCACAUGAUGGUUGCUACUCCUGGACGUCUGAUGGACCUCCUGCAGAAGAAGAUGGUUGGCUUGGACAUCUGUCGCUACCUGGCGCUGGAUGAAGCAGACAGGAUGAUAGACAUGGGUUUUGAGGAGGACAUCCGCACUAUCUUUUCCUACUUUAAGGGCCAGCGCCAGACUCUUCUCUUCAGUGCCACGAUGCCAAAGAAGAUCCAGAACUUUGCCAAGAGUGCUCUUGUGAAGCCCAUCACCAUCAAUGUGGGUCGGGCUGGAGCUGCCAGCCUUGAUGUGAUCCAGGAAGUCGAAUAUGUGAAGGAAGAAGCUAAGAUGGUUUACUUACUGGAAUGUCUACAGAAGACUCCACCUCCGGUGCUGAUAUUUGCAGAGAAGAAAGCUGAUGUGGAUGCCAUCCAUGAAUACCUUCUUUUGAAGGGUGUGGAAGCUGUUGCCAUACAUGGAGGGAAAGACCAAGAAGAGCGGACUAAGGCCAUUGAGGCAUUCCGGGAAGGUAACAAGGAUGUGCUUGUGGCAACCGAUGUUGCAUCAAAAGGCUUGGACUUCCCAAAUAUUCAACAUGUGAUUAACUACGAUAUGCCUGAGGAAAUAGAGAAUUAUGUUCACAGGAUUGGACGUACUGGGAGAUCAGGGAAAACUGGGAUAGCAACAACUUUUAUCAACAAAGCUUGUGACGAGUCAGUUCUAAUGGAUCUAAAGGCCCUGUUACUGGAAGCUAAACAAAAGGUCCCACCUGUUCUGCAGGUGCUUCAGACAGGAGAUGAAACCAUGCUGGAUAUUGGAGGUGAACGAGGCUGUACUUUUUGUGGUGGUUUGGGACAUCGUAUCACAGACUGUCCAAAACUCGAGGCCAUGCAGACGAAGCAGGUCAGCAACAUCGGCCGCAAGGACUAUCUUGCUCACAGCUCGAUGGACUUCUAACCUCUGCCAGCUAAGGUGCAGCCUGUGGCUCGGGGACUAUCUCGCUCACAGCUCGAUGGACUUCUAACCUCU